UAAUAAUGUUUGUUAGGCGGGCACCGGUAUUUUUGAACGGUAAUUGAACAUUUUCAGAGAAGUGUGAUAAGGAAUGGAUUCGCAGUCUAUGAGAAGUGUUCAUUAUGACACGUCAAUGGUGUCGAAUCCAUGGGCAAAAGACAGUGAUACCGUAAUAGCAUGGAAGAAUUGUUUAGUUUUAGCGGAGAAGACUGGGUUUAGACCUUCCUCAAGUUCCUGUCCCAACACGUCCACGAACCAUGAAGAUUUGUUUACACCAGUUUCGGACUGGGAGAAUCAAGAUUUGCCAUCACUGCGACUUAUUGCCCUGCAGCGGAAAAUCACUGAUCUUAGAAAGGAGAACCACAGAAUACAACUUGAGAUACAGAGGAGAAUGCAGGACAGGGAGAUAAGAGACAUCACACAUCUCGAUGUGUUAGAAAACAAAAUCCAAAUGAUCAACACUUUGAGUGUCCACAUUGAAUUGAUUAUUCAGAACAAAGACCGACUGAUUCGCAGACUUCAGGAGCCGUUUGUAGGCGAGUUCAUCAAACUUGACGCAGAAUAUCACAAGUACGCCAGUAUGUUGUUCUCCCAGAUCACACCAGUGUUGUCCGACCUCAAUCAGCAUCUCGAUAAUAUCCGCUGGGCCAGCACCAUCAAGCUGGAUGAUGGGAAACUGGACAACACUCUGUCACAGAUUUCCAGCCUGUUCGCCAUGUUACAAACACACUGUCACUCUCUGUUGGAGAUGAGAGACAGAAUUGGUCAGAUCAAAAUUUCACAUUGAUCUAGGAGGAUAAAAACAACAACAGAAUAAUGCUAGGUGUGAAUAACUUGAAGAGAUUUCAGUUCUUGUGAUGCAGACUGUCACUGACAACAUCAACCUGACUGCAGCCUGGAUGUGGUUACCUAGAUGAAGAUGAGAAUAAACAGCGAAAUCUCUACAACACAAACCCAACUGAAAACUGGACGUAGAGCCACAAUUAAGAUGAGAAUAAACA